CCGCCGCCGUGUUUCCCAGUGGCGCAGUUGGUAAUGACACCGGUCGGCAGCCCAAACAUCGUGGGUUCAAUUCUACCUUGGUCGAAAUGUUUUUUUCCCCUACAAAUUAAUACACUAUCACAGGCCAGUAAUUCAUAUUGAUAAUUUAUUACAAUUCUGUAAAGUUUUAUGAUUGCUGAAUAUAGUAUAUGUGCAAAAUCAUAGUAUUUAUACCAAGUCCCAGGGUCACGUUUUCAAUGCCAAUUUUGUUUAAUACCGGAGUUUCCCACUACCCCUGAAUGCCUCUUGUUUUACGUCUCCGGAUCACUCCUGCAUCUCCGCCCACUUUCUCACCGAUCCCUGCCGGUAAGCCUGCUUCUCUGUCUGUCUUCUCUGAAAUUAAAUGUCUAUAAGCUGUUUGAGUGAUUUACUGAGUUGUUGUUAGUUACUUAAAAACCCAGUCGAAGUAUGAGUCAUAUUAAAGUAACACAAUGGCUGCUUUUUUAGUGAAACGUUGUAAUUGUAGUAUUUAAAAGGAGUGUUUGGUAAGCUAGCCCUAACAACCUAAGCGCUAACGCCUAGCCUAGCUCCUAUAGGCCCAGUGUGAAAUUAAUAUGGUUCAUUUGAUUGUUUAAUACAGUUAUUGUGUUGUAUCUGGUUCAUUCGGUGUGUUAGUGUUUCUGAGUCUCUUAGGGAAGCUGAAGUUAGUUCUCCUCUUCACAAAUCAGUCAGUUAAAACGGCCUCAUUCUUUAGGUUAUAAGGUAAUGAGCCGCCAUUUUAGAACCACUGAUUAGCUGCUGAAGCAGCUGCGUCGGCAACUUCAAAGGAGAGGUCUGUGUUGUGGGUUAAUUAACAGGAGGGAGAGAGAGUGAGGAUAAAACACAUAAUAUAAGAAUAAUAACAUCUCUUAACAAGAAAUUUUUGUUUUUUAGUAAAUUUUAAGAACUGUUUAACAAACACUUGUUUGUGCAGGUUCGUUUUUAAGUAAAACCUACACCUGCACCUCUGUUUAACUUCUCACAUUGUGAAAAAUUAAUGAAAUAUAAAAAAGGCCACCUUCAAAUAAAUAAAAUGCAGCAGUGCGCCAUUAAUAUUAUUAAUAUGAUAUGUAGAUAUUUAAAACAACAGCAUAUUAAAUGAUACUAAAUGAUACUGUGUGCAGGUGAUAAUAUUUUUAGGAAGCAGAAUUUGAAUGCAGACCAACUCAAAUGUUGAAGCCUACAAAUAUAUCACCCAAGCUUUCAUUUAUGAUUGUUGCUGCUUUAAAAUUGUGAUGUCAGAAUUUGGUAAAGUGUGCAGUGCUAGGUGUAGCAAAUCAUUGCUUAUUACAUCUACUGUGUUAUCUAACUGCACCAAACUAAUAGAGCUAUCACAUAACUGAGAAACUUGUGUGGCUUAUUACAAAUGGAUGAAACCACAUAUUACCUUAAUGAAGACAGUAAUCUUUAAUAAGGUGUAGAAAAAACAGGUGAGUUGUUUGUUGCUGUGGUAAACAAAGAAGUGUACUGAAUCUUUUGGACUACACAGAGUGAUGCAGUAUUGACUGUGAUGCUGAUCUGAGUUGUCUCAUUCUGUAUUUUUGUGCUUUGUCUUUUGUUACACAGAGUGAAAGAGAUCUUUGGUUUUGCCUUUGCUGACUGCUGAUCUGAUCGUCUCAAGUCUGACUGCUGAUCUGAUCGUCUCAAGUCUGGUGACCUGCUGCAGAAGCUCUCUCCCUCUAUCAUUAACAAGCCAUUCAGUCUGUCCUAUCACUCUACCCACUCUAUCUAUUUUGACAAGACGUUCUAUCUUGCUUCACUCUAUCCCACAAGCUCUAAGUUAUCAAAAAUCACGUUUUUAACUGGAAUCAAAUUUUGACUGGAAUCAAGUUUUGACUGGAAUAAUCAAGUUUUGACAUGGCCCCAUUUUUGGGAAAUUGAAGUUACCAGUACUUCAUCUAUCUGUUACAGAAUUCUGAGAGAUCUCUGCUCUCACUGCUCCUUCUUUCCUGUCGUUAAACUCUCUCACAUCCAGUCUUUUUGCUGGAAAUUACAAGUAGAAAGUUGACUAUACAGUAGUAUAUUAAAAGUACAGUAAAACAGAGUAGAAAUUAUUUACGCAGCCCUAUAUUUGUAAUUUUUAUUUGUACAUUUGUAACACUUUGGAAUAAACACUGAUUAUUUGGCUUACAGUUGCAAUUACUUUGAUAAAUUCUGAGGUUUAUUUGGAUAAGAUAAUCUUAUUAUACUGUAAUACAUAUUUUCAGAGUGCUAUAUUCACAUAAAUAUUUAAUUUGAUUUCUUCAAAUACCUUUUGCUAGUUUUUCAUUGGAGAUAACAUUUGAGAACAGUUGGUUUAUACUAUUAUUAUUUAAGGACAAACACCUUUCUGUUAGUCAUUGUAAGUGUUCGUAUUGUGGUCGAGAAUCUGCCCCGAGGACCCAGACUUCCCGUUUCCUGACUGCUGCAGAACAUCCAGCUGAAGAGUCCUCAUCGCCUGUCAUCUGAUCACCACAGCUCUUUAUAUUUGCUUAAAAUCUUAGAUAUCUGAAAGAUUAAGACAAAGUCUACUUAAAAGAGUUUUAUUAUACCCUGUAGAUUGUUGUGAUUUCUACAUAUCCCUUUACACAAAUAUAGAUCUAAUCAUUAACCAGUCUGGUUAAAAAAAUAUAGUUUUUGAAAAUACUACAAUAAAACUGACCCAAGUUUUUUUUUAGAGAACUUUGAAUAUUCUUUAUAUUGUGUUCGGAACAAAGCCAGCCUUUUACAUCUAUUACAUAUUUAUAACAACAUUUGAAUACUCUUACAUUUCUCAGAUUAAAUAGUAAUCCGUUUUCAGCAUUUCCAAGUUGAGUUGUGUUCAUAUCUGUUUGUACUUCAAUAAAAUGCCACGGAAAGGUCAAAGGUCACAGUCCCAGAAGCUUAGACGACAGAAGGAGAAAGAACAGGUAAAUGUUUCUCUCAGCGGUGAGCAGGUAAAGGUGUCUGGUACAGGUAUUCCCAGUCCUGAAGUGCAGAGCAGAGUUCAGACAGCCACAGUGUCUUAUGCAGAUGUGGUAAAGAGAGAUUUUCAAUCCGUGUCUGUGCCAAAGGCUAAAGUACAGCAGGUAAUCCAGACUGAACCGCAGGUAACUGUGCAAACGCAGCGUGAUGGAGAAGCUCCAGGACCAUCUCAUGUACAGGUUACAAACCGUGAAAGUCGUCCACAAGUGAGUAGCAUCUGUGCGUCUCGAAGCCAGGCCUCUGCUAAGUAUGGAAAGUACCGGAAUCAGCAAUGCAUGGCUAACAGUUUGGUUUUCCUGUCAUUCUUACACGAGGAUGAAUUCAUCACGAGAGCAGAUCUUAACCGUGUGUUGGACAAAGGCCAUGCCAUGCAUUCAGAUGCCAGAAAGAGGUUUGUGAACAGGGUGUUUCUAGCCACUGAUGAGCUUCCCACAGUGGUCACCAGCCGCAGACAAGAGUAUCAAGUGGACAUGUCUCAGUUUGCUCGUUAUGGCACAUUUGAUGGUACAGAUCAUCUUCCGAGUCUUGAACAGGGACUACAGUGUUUGGUUUCAGACAUUCGUUACGCUUUGCUAGUCAUGGGAGGAACAGUCAUCGCAGUUUGCAGACUGACUUCUGGUGAAUAUGCAUAUUUUGACCCUCACCCACGUAAGUCUACAGGAAUGCCAUUGUCGCUAGCUGUAAGUGGUGGAACUGCGGUUAUGCUGAAAUUCACACGUCUUAAUGACAUGAUUGACAGGAUCAAACACUUGUACCGAAUGCUUAGCAUCGCACCAACCUGCACUUAUGAGCUACAGCCCGUCGAGUUUCACAGUGUAAACGCUGCUGACCAAAGAGAUGCUAAUCAGACCACCGAAUACAGAGAAACAGCUGCAAGUGCACCAGCUUUAAAUGAACGUGUUCAUGAAUUAAACCCCGAAAUAUACACUGAGCAGACACGGAAACCCGUGACCAACAAUUUAACCAGUGAAGUAAUGUCAUCCAGAGCUGAUUCUUCAAAUGAGACAGCUGCUCCCAGAAACAACCAUCAUCCUUCUGAUUAUUUUGAAAAGGAAACCUCUGCAUCUUCUGUGAGAGAAACUCCGUUAACACCAGAUUCUGUUCCUCAGAAUGAUUCAAACACUGCCUCCUGUUCAACUAAGAUAACAGAAGAACUCUCAGAUAAACUGCUGAAAC